AGAUGGCUGUAGAUAGAGAAGACACACAUCUAUGCAUACUCUCAAAAGAAAUUAAAGUGGAAGAAGACUCGUUAGCACAAGAGCUCAGUGCUUACAAUUGCACUAUGUCAAAGAAGAGGAAAUUUCAAGAACAGGGUUCCACAGCUCCAGUCAACAAAAGAAAGUCACUGCUAAUGAAACCCCAGCAUUAUAACCCUAGUGAAGAACUCGAUGAAGACAGCGAGGAUAAAUCUGAGUUUGUUAGCUUUAAAUUCACUAAGAAAAAAUGUUGUACUACUACAGGUACAAUUAUUGUGCAGUCAACUGGUGUGACUACCCAUACAGCUGAGGCAAAGACCUGUUAUCAGAAUCUUAUCACUGAUCCAUCACUGCUGAGCAGGACAGUAAACGAGACAGUGACAGACAACCAUGUGGGAAGUGUUAUUCAAUCAGCUAAAACUAAGAUAGAAAGUCAUGAAGAAAGUUAUGGCAUGCAGUUGUCCAAACAAAAUGGCUCACCACCAUUUUCACCUGAAGACAAUAACGGCAGCACUGACAUAUCUGAAAAUGGGUGGGACAGUUCUUCCAGUUACUCAGAGCUCAAUGCACAGGACCAUGCAAGGGACACAUUCAGUCAUGCCAAUAAGCACAAGGGUGAAAUGAACAUUAAACAUGAGAAACUAUCAGAAAGUGAAAGCAACUCAUCAAUAGAUAUAUCAGAGCCUGACAACACCAGUCACCAGCAGAUCACCAAGAGUGAUGAUGAUGAUAAAUGCCUCUCAAUUAUUACAGAAGAGUCCGUGGAUUUGGAUAAAACAAAAGGAAACCUGAGUCUGCUUGAGCAAGCAAUAACUAUAGAAGCAGAACAAGGACACAUGUUUCACAGCACUUACAAGGAACUGGACAUGUUUCUCCUGGAGCAUCUAGCAAGAGAAAGAAGACAGACAAAAGUUAUUGAUGUAGCAGGACGACAAAUAUAUUGCAACAAAAGUUCGCCACGCUCUGAUAAACGUGAGACGAAAUGCCCUAUCCCAGGCUGUGAUGGAACAGGUCAUGUGACUGGACUCUACCCCCAUCAUCGUAGUUUAUCUGGGUGUCCUCAUAAAGUUCGAGUGCCUUUAGAAAUUUUGGCCAUGCAUGAAAAUGUAUUAAAGUGUCCAACACCAGGAUGUACAGGAAGAGGACAUGUGAACAGUAAUCGUAACACUCACAGAAGUCUUUCAGGUUGUCCGAUUGCUGCAGCAGAAAAACUUUCAAAAACACAAGAAAAACAUUAUUCACCUGGUGCAAACCUUGAAUCCAUUCACAGAGCAACAUGUGUGAAGCAUCUUGAAGUAACACAAUUCAGUUAUCGGACCGCACCAGUUACUACAACACGAGCAACAAUAAUUAAAGAGCAUGAUAGAUUUGGGAAAGUUCCAUUUGAUUAUGCCAGUUUUGAUGCACAAGUUUUUGGGAAACAUACUAUUGCAACAGUUGUUCACAGCCAAGAGACAACUAAUGGUGAUGCAAAACAAUUUACAAGUCCAGUAAAAUCUUCCAACCGACUGCCUAGCGCCCACACACAGAGUCCCUGCCAUGCCAGCUCUUACAGCUAUGGUCAGUGUAGUGAAGACACCCACAUAGCAGCAGCUGCUGCCAUCCUCAACCUUUCCACCCGCUGCAGGGAAGCAGCAGCAGAGAUCCUGUCCAACAAACCAUUGGGUCUGUCUGCCAAGGCUGCGGAGAUUGAAGUUGAUGAAAAUGGAACUUUGGACUUGAGCAUGAAGAAGAAUCGCCUAAAUGACAAGACUAGCAGUUUAGGCUCUUGCAGUCCAAUCAUAACAGCAUCGUCUUCUUCUCCAUUUCAAACUAGUAGCCUGUUGGUCAAUGCUGCCUUUUACAAGGCCCUCUGUGAAAAAGAAGGUUGGGAUGCACCAAUUAACUACAGUAAAGUUCAUGGCAAAAGUGAAGAGGACAUCGAGCUGGAUCCUGGAAGCUGUUCGGAAAACACAGAUGAGACCAAAUACUCUGGAGAUGUCACAAUGACCAGCCCUAAAUCAAAGUUUCAUUCAAGGGAUAUGAAGAAGGAGCUCAUUACUUGUCCAACCCCAGGAUGUGAUGGAAGUGGUCAUGUAACAGGAAACUAUGCUUCUCAUCGCAGUGUUUCUGGCUGCCCACUAGCUGACAAAACUCUGAAGUCUCUGAUGGCUGCAAACUCCCAGGAACUCAAGUGUCCAACACCAGGCUGUGAUGGAUCUGGACAUGUUACUGGAAAUUAUGCAUCUCACAGAAGUUUAUCAGGGUGUCCAAGAGCCAGAAAAAGUGGGGUCAAGGCAUUUCCAAGCAAAGAAGAUAAAGAAGACCCAGAACUUAAGUGUCCAGUUGCAGGCUGUGAGGGCCAGGGACAUAUAUCUGGGAAAUACACAUCUCAUCGAAGUGCUUCUGGUUGCCCCUUGGCUGCAAAAAGGCAGAAGGACAGCUCUCUGAAUGGUGCAUCACUGACUUGGAAACAGAAUAAGCAGGAGCUGCCACAUUGUCCACUUCCAGGCUGCAAUGGGCUGGGCCAUGUCAAUAAUGUCUUUGUCACUCACCGAAGUUUAUCUGGAUGCCCGUUAAAUGCACAAGCUAUAAAAAAGGGAAAAACAUCAGAGGAACUAAUGAGUGUAAAGCUGAAGACAAGCGGAGAUCUCUUCAAUGGAGACAAAUCUGAAAACAAUAGAGGAGGAGAACAAACUCAUAGAGCAGAACAAUGA